UAGGGGAGUGUUCGCUGGCCACUGGAAAAUGAGGAUCUUCCACCGGGGGUGUUUAUAAAAUAGCUCAUUAAUGGCUGGGGGAUGAAUCGCUCCAACCAGGAGCAUCAUCAGAUAUAAUAAUAGUGACGAAUCAGACAAGGGAGAUUCUUGGCUAAACCAUUGGCCUUUUUCUUUCUUUUCUUUUUUUUUAUUCCCCCCCCCAAAAGUACCGAAGUCCUAAUAUCACCAAUUCUUCUAAGUUUCUGGACAUCGGUCGGGAGGAAGGCUUCGGAGUUCAGUUCAUCCCCGAGGGCUUCGACGCGGAAAGGGAAAGGGAGCGGGAAGGAAGCGACCAAGAAAGGAAAAGGAGGAAACCGAGAAAACUUUCCACCCUGGAUUCUCUACUUUUGAUCCAUGGACAGAGCCCACCGCAGCCCAGUUUCCGACAGACCCUGAACAGUCCCUGUUCGUUUUAUUGCGAGCUGCCGGUGGGGAGUUCGAGCCCGCGGAGGCCGAGGAGCCCGAGGAGUCCGAGGAGCCCGAGGAGCAUGGAGCGGCGGAGCGCCAGCCCCUGCCUCCGCGACAUCCGCGACAGCCGCGACAGCCGCGACAGUCCCGACCGGAGGAGCGGCAGCCCCGACCCCAAAGGGCCCCCGCCCCCCAAGGCCGCCCGGCUCGACCAGAACGGCAGCCCCAUGGGCGCCCGGGGGAGGCCCAACGGUGCAGCCCUGCCCAAGGCCCCCCAAGGAGGUUUGAUGAUCCCCGUCUUCUGUGUGGUGGAGCAGCUGGACGGUGCCCUCGAGUACGACAGCCGCGAAGAGCACGCGGAGUUUGUGUUGGUGCGCAAAGACGUCCUCUUCAGCCAGCUGGUGGAGACGGCUCUCCUGGCCCUGGGCUAUUCCCACAGCUCGGCCGCUCAGGCGCAAGGCAUCAUCAAGCUGGGCAGGUGGAGCCCCCUACCCCUGAGCUACGUCACGGACGCCCCGGACGCCACCGUGGCCGACAUGCUGCAGGACGUCUACCACGUCGUCACGCUCAAGAUCCAGCUGCAAAGUUGUUCGAAGCUGGAAGACCUGCCGGCCGAGCAGUGGAACCACGCCACCGUCCGUAACGCCUUAAAGGAACUCCUCAAAGAGAUGAAUCAGAGCACAUUAGCCAAAGAAUGUCCGCUCUCCCAGAGUAUGAUUUCAUCCAUUGUAAAUAGCACAUAUUAUGCCAAUGUGUCAGCGACCAAGUGCCAGGAGUUUGGGAGAUGGUAUAAAAAGUACAAGAAGAUUAAAGUGGAACGCGUGGAACGAGAGAACCUGUCGGACUAUUGCGUCCUGGGCCAGCGUCCCCUGCACCUGCCCAACCUGAGCCAGCUGGCCCCGCUGGGCAAGACGGGCGAGCCCCUGCCCCACGGCCAGCUCCACCACGGCUCGCCCAUCCGCAACCAGGUGCCCGGCCUGCAGCCCCUCAUGAGCCCCGGCCUCCUGUCGCCGCAGCUGAGCCCGCAGCUGGUCCGCCAGCAGAUCGCCAUGGCCCACCUGAUCAACCAGCAGAUCGCCGUCAGUCGCCUGCUGGCCCACCAGCACCCGCAGGCCGCCAUCAACCAGCAGUUCCUCAACCACCCGCCCAUCCCCCGCGCCGUCAAGCCCGAGCCCGCCAACGCCUCGGUCGAGGUGUCGCCCGACAUCUACCAGCAGGUCCGCGACGAGCUCAAGAGGGCCAGCGUCUCUCAGGCCGUCUUCGCCCGCGUGGCCUUCAACCGCACCCAGGGGCUGCUGUCGGAGAUUCUGCGGAAGGAGGAAGACCCACGGACAGCCUCCCAGUCCCUCCUGGUCAAUCUGCGGGCCAUGCAGAACUUCCUCAACCUGCCCGAAGUGGAGCGAGAUCGCAUCUAUCAGGACGAGAGGGAGCGGAGCAUGAACCCCAACGUGAGCCUGGUGUCCUCCGUGUCCGGCAGCCCCGGUUCUUCCAGGCCCACACCCCAGGCCAAGACGUCCACCCCGACGGCCGACCUCCCGCUGAAGGCGGAUGGGGCCAGCGUGAACAUCACGGCGGCCAUCUAUGACGAGAUACAGCAGGAAAUGAAGAGGGCCAAGGUGUCCCAGGCCCUGUUUGCCAAGGUGGCGGCCAAUAAAAGCCAGGGCUGGCUGUGCGAACUGCUGCGUUGGAAGGAGAACCCCAGCCCGGAGAAUCGCACCCUCUGGGAGAACCUGGGCACCAUCCGCCGCUUCCUCAACCUGCCCCAGCCCGACCGCGACGUCGUCUAUGAGGAGGAGUCCCGCCACCAUCACAGCGAGCGCCUGCAGCACGUCGUCCAGCUCGCCCCCGAGCCCGUCCAGGCCCUUCACCGGCAGCCGUCCAAGGAGAGCUCCCCUCCGCGAGAGGAGGCGCCCCCUCCCCACCCGGCUCCUCCACCCCCGGCCUCCGCCUCGGCCGAGGACGGCUGCCCCAAGAAGCCGCGGGCCCGCACCAAGAUCUCCCUGGAGGCCCUGGCCAUCCUGCAGAGCUUCAUCCACGACGUGGGGCUCUACCCGGACCAGGAGGCCAUCCACACCCUGUCCGCCCAGCUGGACCUGCCCAAGCACACCAUCAUCAAGUUCUUCCAGAACCAGCGCUACCACGUGAAGCACCACGGCCAGCUCAAGGACCACCCGGGGGCCGCCGUGGACGUGGCCGAGUACAAGGACGACGAGCUGCUCACCGAGUCGGAGGAGAACGAGAGCGAGGAGGGCUCCGACGAGAUGUACAAAGUGGACGGCGACGACCCCGCCGGCCCCGACAAGGCCCGGGGACCCCCGGCGGACGCGGACCAGAGAUAAUGGGGAGCCCCCCAGCCCCCACCC